GGAAGCAGAAGGGGAAACCGUAGCAGAAGCGGGAAGCAGUCGAGGAAGCCAAUAGCAAAGCAGAAGGGGAGGCCGGAGAGAUGCCCAGGGGGCGGCAGCGCGCGGCUCCCGCGGCCCGGCGGGCGAAGGAUGGGCGCGCGCCGCGCGAGCUGGCGCUGCGCGGAGCCAGUGCCCGGAUCCGGGGAGCCGGCGGCUGGAUCGCGGCGGUUGGGCGGGCUCUCGCGCUGGGGCGCGCGGCGCGCGCGCAGGGCAGCGCCAGGGCCUAGAAGAGCGUGCUGGCUUCCAGGCGGCCUGGCCAGCACAAAGGAUCUGUGAUGAUGAUGGGGGUGGGAGUGGCAGGUAGGGAUUAUUACCCGCCCCCCUCGCGGCCCGUCGCUUCUCUUUGACAGGGGGGCGGCGCCCCCCUGUCGGACCCCCCCCCGGGGGGAAACGGUGGCUAGGGUAUGGGUGAGAGGGGAGCCUAGUACAUGCACCGGCAUGCGGAACGUUUGGGUGGGAGGAAGGCGAGGACGCAGGCUGGAACUGCAUUGCUGGGGUGGUUGCAAACAGUUGUUGCACGGACAUGAACUGGACUCCACUGUGUGGCACAGUUUACAGCAUGCGUGGAGCGGAUAUUGCUUUCUUGGAUGCAGCUGGGUUGUGCACAUUGGGAAGGUGCGACUUUGAAUAAUGCGACUCUGUUGCGCUGCGAGGGGUUGCACUGGAGCCAGGUGCACUAAGCAGGGGCGCCUGUUCACAAAUGAUAGCAUCAUGCAUUCGUGCGGGCUUGUGCAUAGAGUGAGCGCCCGUUUUGGAAAGUGGGAGCGAGGGCGUGUAACUGCUGGUUUUGCUCGGCUGUUGAGCCCACUGCACAACCGCACUUGCGCGCAUGGUGCACGAGGCAGCUGCAUAUGAUUGCAAUGGUUUUAAUUAUUUUACAAUUAAAGCACCGACAUAAGAACAGUGCAAACAAAUGGAGCUGGCCGAGUAACUGCAGCACACUUGGCAGUUGGGCAGUUGGGCGGCAGCAGUUGGGCCUUUGUAUUGGCACACGCCUUCCACUCGCACUCCAUGCGCAAUUUGGUUGCGAUGCUGCAGGCGCAGCCUAGCUGGAUCAGUCGCGGCAGCCUAGCGCGGCGGGGCAGCGGGCGGGGCAAGGCGGCCGCUGCCACGAGCGGUUUCCGGCUGGUUUUGCAACGGCGCGUGGCUAGUGAUGGUGUAGCAAGUAUAUAAGCAAUGUAUAAAAUGUAUACACAUGUAAUGACACGCUAGC